AUGGACCCUCUGGACCCCCUUGAGGACCCCCCCAUGGACCCCCCUGACCCCACUGGGUCUCUCCGCACCAUGUCCGGCUCUGCGCCCCCGAACCCCCCGGGACCCCCGAACCCCCUGAACCCUUCGGGGACCCCCUGGCCGCCCCCCCCUCCCCCGCACCGCCUGCGGGCCCUGGCGCGCUCCUGGCUGGACGAGGACGCGCCCUGGCCCGACCCCACCGUGGCGCCGCUGGGGAACCCCGAGAUCCGCGCCCACAUCCUUGUCAAAAACCCCGAAACCCCCGCAUUUAACCCCAAAACCCCCCCGUUUUUCGGGGUGCUGGCCGGCUGCCCGUUCGCCGAGGCGGUGUUCGCGCUGUCGGGCUGCUCCGUGCUCUGGAAGGUUCCCGAAGGUUCCCGGCUGGGCCCGGGCCGGGCGCUGCUGGCCGAGGUUCGCGGCCCCGUUUCCGGGCUGCUCCUGGCCGAGCGCACGGCCCUCAACGUCCUGGGCCGCUGCAGCGGCGUGGCCUCCAUGGCCGCCCGGGCCCGGGGCGUCGCCGAGAGCCGAAACUGGGGAGGGGUCGUGGCGGGGACGCGCAAGUGCACGCCCGGCUUCAGGGCAGCCGAGAAGUACGCGCUGGGCGUGGGGGGCGCGCAGGGGCACCGUGAGGGGCUGGGGGCGUUUGGCCUCAUCAAGGACAACCACAGGGCCGUGGCCGAGAUGGGCGGCGGGCACGAAGGGCUGAUUGUGGAGGCGCGCUGGGCCGGGGGCUUUACGCGGAAAUUGGGCGUGGAGUGCGCGAGCGCUGAGCAGGCGCUGGAGGCGGCCAAGGCUGGGGCCGAUGUCGUCCUGCUCGACAACCUGAGCCCAGAGGAGCUGCACGCGGCGGCCGCGCGCGUCAAGGCCGCGCACCCGCGCGUGCUGGUGGAGGCCAGCGGGGGCAUCGGCCUGGAGAGGCUGGGCAGCUUCCUGGGGCCCCACGUGGACAUCGUGUCCAUGGGGUGCCUGACCCACAGCGCCCCCGCGCUCGACUUCGCCCUCAAGGUGGUGGGGAUGGGGAGUGGAAGUGAGGAAAAGUGAAAAUCCGACGUGGAAACCCCAAAAUUUCACCCAGAAACCCCAAAAUCCAGUGUAAAAUCUCAAAAAUCCAGCCUGGAAACCCCAAAAUCCAACCCGAAACCCUGGAGAUCCGUCCUGGAACCAAUAAUGUCCAACGUUGGACCUGUCAAACCUGGAACCCCAAAAUCCAACCUGGAACCCCAAAAUCCAUCCUGGAAACCUCGAAAUCGAACCCGAAACCCUGAAAUUUGGGAACCCCAAAAUUGAACCGGGGAACCCCAAAAAUCCAUCCCAGGAACGCCCAAAUUCCAACCUGGAACCAAUAAAAUCCAACGUGAAACGUAGAGACACCUGGAACCCUGAAAUCCAUCCCAGGAACCCCAAAAAUCCAACCUGGAACCCCAAAAAUCCAACCUGGAACCCCCAAAAUCCAACCCUCCAAACCCAGCCUGGAACCAAUGAAAUCCCGGGAACCCCAGAAUCCAUCCCUGAACCCCAAAAUCCGCCCCAGGA